AUUUUGCUCACCCGAGAAGGAAAACAGAAGCUCCCUACACCCCCAACCACCAUUGCGUCAGGUGCCUCGGUGGAUCCGCCGGAGACAUUGCCAUCCGGCCGCCGCUGCCGAAACACACUCUGCAUCUGCCAUCACCACGUCCGCCUACAUCGCCGGCCGGUUCUACCAGCGCAUCGGGGCUGGAUCCCUCACCGUGGGGCGCUCCCAACUCGCCGCCGCCGUCACCCGCCGCCCAGUGUGUCCCCCGGAGAUAUUGCCUGGUGGCCGCAGCCUUAUCAACCCCCCUCCACAACUCGGGCACCAAGGCGGUUCGGCAUCACCAAGUCUGCCUGCGUCGCUGGUCGGGCCCACUGGCGAAUCAGGGGUGGAUCCGCGCAUCUUGACGCCACCCAAUCGGCGGUUUUGUUCGACUCCCUCGAUAUUCGGCAGCGCAAAGCGGUGGUGCAAGUGACCUCGCGGCAACGGGCAGCUGCAGCAGCUGCAGGCACGCACUGGGGAGAUUUUCUGAAGCAGUAGUUGGUCCAUUGACUGACUGUUCUAGCCCCGGGCAUGUCUGUCAAGACUGCAAGCACGGUCGUUAGCGGCGUCCGGAUCAGUGAGCGUGCUUUGCCAACCGGCUCAGCAGCAUAUCCCCCGGCGUCUGGGCAGCGGCAAGGGAUCUACUACGCGUCAUCUAUCGCGGAACCGGUCACAGCUCCGCCGAUGAAAACGAAGGCUGAACUGGUGACAAGACGACAGAGAUUACAACGGGAAGGAUGGUGGCGGUGUGGAAGAAUUAAACCGGUGGCCGUGCAAGUCAUCCUGGAGCCCGGAAUUUCUCCGAGCCGGGCCGGGCGGUUGCGCCGUGGACGGAGGGCGCCAUUUGGUGGCGCUCCAGCGGCGUAGGAAACAAGGCAGAGGCAGCGCUGUAAGUUAGCGAGCUGCAGAACACGAUUCACCGGUGACAAGGACGUCCUCCUUUUUUUUGUAAUGCGUCCUUGUGCUUUGCAUCGUGACAAUGACUAGGAUACUCAUGUCGCAGAGGAAAAAAAGAGAGCACAGAGCAGGUUGUGUGUGUGUGUUGCCAAAGAGAAGCAAAACAGUGCUUAAGAUAAAUAGAAAAAAAAAUGGGUCCCUGUAGAAAUCCAACGAAUUAGUAGUGGAGGCGAGACCAUAUCCUCGGGAUGAGUUGCUGCAAUUCCUGUGUCCGCCGUGCUCGCGGUGGCAUGGCCGCAUCCGGCGGACGUGAAGCCGCGUACGCACCGCCCCGCGGCCCCUGACGCGCCGUGCCACGGCAGGUCUCUUCUUCCCUCAUGCCCCUCCCGUGCGGCAUUCGCCUCGGUCCAGUGCUCCCUCCAUCUGCCCUGCCGGGCCGGCCGCGCUCCCUUCCCAUCCAGUGUCACUUUCACCGGCCCCGCGGCCAGGCCUGGUCGUCGCGGCUGUCCACUCGAUCGACAUGGCAUGGGAUCGAUUUGGAAAGCCAGGACCCCGACCCGGCCCGGCCUCCCCUCCUCUUGGUCGCGCGCGUGCCGUCACGGCUCAUCGCGACCUCCAUUUAUCAGGGUCACGCACGCACGCCGGCACUCACGACGCUCCCUCCCCCUGAUUACUCUCGCCUCCUCCGCCUCCGCCUCCGCCCCCGCGCGCAUUUACCGUCUCGCGGACGCAGACGCGUACGCCCCGGUGCGACCUUUAUAUCCGCCCGCCGGCAGCAACACCGCGCACGACGCUCUCGACUCUGCUAUCCCGGUGCCUGAGUGCUAGCACAACUGACCAGCACAGCCACCAGCAUGGGGACGACGGCCAAGAAGCCGCCGCCGCCGCCGUCCCUCCCGCUGCCGCCGGCGCAGUUCCUCGGCCGCGCGCGGUCGCGGGCGAGCCGGGUGGCCGACCUGGGCGACACGGGCGUCGCCGCGUGGCCGUCGGGGCCGCCUGACACGCCGCCGCGCCGCUCGCCCGUCACCGUGCCGUUCCUCUGGGAGGAGGCGCCCGGAAAGCCCAAGGCGCCGCCGCAGCCGAGCGACGGCGCGACCGGCGCUCCGGCUGCCCCUGCGGGCCCCGUCGUCCCGUCAGACGUCGGCGCCGCUACUUCUACUACUACUACUACCCUUGCCACUGGCGCCGGUGAUCGCGACAACGGCGGCGGCAAUGCCAUGGCGCCGCGCCCCGCACCGCUGAAGCUGCCGCCGCGGCUGCAGCGGGUAGCUUCCGCGAAGCAGCGCGACGGCUCGCUCUCGCCCAGGACCGUGCUCCACGGCUCCCACUACUACGGCUGCGCCGGCGGCGGCAGGAGGCCGCCGAGGAGGACCGCUAGCGGCUUCGCUGCGUUCCGGAGGACUCCGAGCGCCGGCGUCGGCCUCUUCUCCCGGAGCAAGACCACAUCGUCGGCGGCGGCGGCGGGGACCAAGAGGAACAAAGGCGGCGGCGGCGGCGGCCACGACCAUCUCAGCACCGCGGCUCCGGACGCCCCGUGGGGUUCGCCGGCGGCGUCGUCGGCCUCGUCCUCGUCCUCGUCAUCCCUGUCCGCCAGCUGCUUCGGCGACGACCACGGCCACGGAGGCCACCGCCGCGCGGCCGACGGGCGCGAGGACGGUUCGUCGGAGGAGGACGAGUGCGCCGGGGGGUCGGUGCGGAUCACCAGGUUCAGACGGAACCGGAGCCUCCCCACCAUGACCACGUCUCACCUCUGGGCAAGUGUCCGCAAGAGCUUCAAGCAGAUCACUCCAUGGAGCUAGAUCCAAGUUCGGCGAUCACGAGGUACUGACGCCACUGCAAAGUAAUCGGGGGCGCAAAGUUGAAACUGUGUGGUGCCACUGCCGCCCAUGGUGCAUGGAGAUUUUAGGAAGUGUACAAGCAUAUGCAGCAAGGCAAGCACGGCUCCAUGUAUAUAGCUAAAAAAGUUUGCAACGCACGUUGCCAAAGUUGCACAGGCCCCAAACUUAUAUGUCUCAGGUCUGGACCGUACCGACAGACUUGUUACCUGUCGAUCGUGUGUGGUACGUACAGCCGAUUGAGCCAGUUCAUUCUCGAGAUUUGAUACGUCAAUAACUGCUCCUUCCGUCCAAAUUGUAGAUUGUUUUAGCAAAUCUAGAUAUAUAACUUUUAUUA